AUGUUGGUAGUGGAAAAGCAUCAGCACGAUUUGAUAGACCGAAAUCGCUAUAUGAAAUCGCAUUUGAUACCAGUGGUUCCUUAUCAUCAGCAGCCAGUCAUGAUGGUCAGGCCCACGGUCACGACUUCUAAAUUGAAAUAUCCUCAUCCUAAAAGCAAAAAAACCCAACAACAAAAACAACAAAAACAACAACAACAACCAGCGUCACCACCACCAUCACCUCCUUCCAUUUUCUUUGCAAAGACAUGUUCAAGAAUGGUUCAACAUACCCAGAAUUUUAACAGUAGAAGAGCAACAUCAUGCAGAAGUGUUCUAUUGCCUACGUCUUGUUCCACCACGUUAAAAAGGCAGAAAUUUCGUAGAGUGUCACCAACAAACAGCAGCAACCGCAAGUCUUGUACUACUGCUGCAACCAUAACAUCUAACCAGAACAAUAAGAAGGUACAACAAGAAAAGUGCCCCUUGGUAGCCUUGGAAGAAUAUUUAAAAAAGCUCAAAGAAAAGACUGCACACAGCGAAGAAGUCAUCAAGAAUCAGAAUGAGGAGAUUGCAAACAUAAGGAGACUCUCUAUGACCUCAAGCCAGUUAAAGACUAGAAGCAUGAACGAAGAUGCUGAAAUAGCUGUCAGUAAUUCGACAAUGCAUAAAAAGGAAGAUGAUAAGUUGGAGUUAAUCACGAAAAAGAUAGAGAGCUUAAACUUGGAUCAUAGUGAUAAUGCAUUGUCGACAGUUGAUAUCAACGAUAUGGUAUCGAGAUACACCACACAAAUAAACGAGUUACAAUGCAUCAUUAAGGCAAAUGAAGAAAAUACUGCUAAACAGCUCGAAGAAUAUCAGCGAAAGAUUAGCGAGAAAGAUGAUUGUUUACAGCGCGAAAAAGAACUUCAUAAGCAACUCAAGGAACAGUAUACAGUGGAAAUGAAUAGAUUGAAGCUUGAGCAGGAGAAGCAGCUUCGUGAAAUGGAGCAACACCAUGAGAAUGAUUUAAUACAGCUCAGAAAAGAAAUCGAAGAGUUGAAGAAGCUCAAUCAUAAAAGCUUGGACGAUGCUAUCGAGAAAGCCUUGUAUGAAAUCGAACAGGAAGAGCACAAUCAUCCUCCUACAACAACAUUAGGACAACGCAAUCUGAGAAAUGUGUCGAGCAGUAGCUUCAAAGAUAACCAAAAGAAAAUAGCAAACCAACAAUGGUAUUCCGAAAAAUAUAUACCUUCACAAGCGAUCUCUUGGCCAGCGCCUCAAACUUCUCCCAACUUAAAAAAGCAGUUCCAUAAAUAG